AAGCGGUGUGGCGCGACGGUAGACCAGAGGCAGCGGCGCGCAGAUCUGUGUACGCGCCGUCAGUCGGUCGGUCGGUCGGUCCUACAACGGUGGCCGUGGUUCAGUUAUUCGCAAAACAGCUCGGAACGUCGUCGCUCGUACGUACUGUGGUGUUGUGCGCCUUCGUGGUCCGUUUACUCGAAAUAAGUAGAAAACCCCGGACAAGUCUGGCUUUUGGCUUUCUGUCGCGCUUUUCGGCAGCAGUGAAUGGAUGGAAGUUUGCAAUUGUCCCAUCCUUGCUCUAGUGCAGGUGCUUUACAGUGAAUACUAUCGAUUGAUCGGGAUUCACGCCAAGGAGAAGCUGGCUGAUACCAACUGGAAAAAACUGGUCGAAGCCCCCUGAAUGUUCCACGAACCCCCAUCAAAGUGAAGAAACAGCUUCGAAUCCUUAGUGUAGCAUUUUGUCGUUCAAGUGUAUCUAUACCGUGUAAUUGAACCGACGAAAACAAACAAAAACAAAAGAUCCAAGAAGCCUAAGAAGUAUGAAUGUUCUUCUUUUCUUUGUGUCCGUCAGCCGCGUUUGACAGGCGUCAUUCGAACGACGCACGUUUACCGUUUAGCGCUCCGAAGGGCACAAGAAAAAGGUCACCAGUGGAGCGAAACUGUUCUGGUUCUGGUUUGGCCGAUCAGGCAGGAGGAUAAAAAUAAGUGCCCAAGAAGGGCAGUUCGAGGGUAAACCUUCUUUUGUUCCACGUGUUUUAGUGAUUAUCGUCGUUCUAAGUACACCCCCGGUUUCUUGGAAGAAAGGAAGCAAGUCACCGCAGGAAGUUUCCGCUUGCUUGUUUUUUAAAUUUAGAUCCAUCAGUGUGUGGGUGUCACACUCUCACAAAAAAAAAAAAAAAUAAACUAGUGGCAUUGGUGUCCUGUCCAGGAGUGUGUGAAUUUGUGAGUUUUUCCCCUCAGUGAGAAAGCAACCAAAGAUAGAUACAACUUUUCUGUGAGUGAAAAAGAAAAAAAGUUUCAUCUGUUAGAAGUUAAUUUGAAACUACAUAGACCAGCUAUUUACUGGAAUAUUUUAAGUGAAAUCAUGGCUGCUGUUGCAGCAACGCAAACAUUAUUAGCGUCAUCAUCAACAGAAGAAGAAGUUAAAGUAAGACGUCAUACCUCAAGGAUGACCUAAUCGUCUUUUCCCUGGCCUGGAAGGCCUACCUCAAAGAUUGGUACCCGCUGCGGGUCAGUGCAGUUGCGCCACAGUCUCGAGCAAGGUCAACCAAGUGAAAAUUUUUCCUUCAAGGACUGGAAGCUUCAGUGUGUUAACCGCGAAGAUUCUAGGAUUUUUUUUUCGAAGACAGUUUUGUUUCGGAAGCAACGCAACGUUUAGCGCGCUCGAGAAGAAGUAGAUUAUUGCUGACGGUGAAGAGAGUGAAACCAGAGAGUGGAAACUAGAACAACCAGAGCGAGAGCGGGAGCGAGUGGAUAGAGUGAGCAGGAGAGUACUGCAUUUGUGCAAUUGCGCGUAGUGCACCCCGAGUUCUACUAGCAGCUGCCACCGAUUGCCGAAGCCUAGUGCAUCUGCCAGUACGAGUACGCGGCAAAACGCGGAAAGACCCGCUUCCGCCAAGUGGCACCGAGUGUGCGAGGUACGCGGGCAUUUUAUCGCUCUCCUCCCCCAGAAGUACAAGCAACCAGAAAAUGCUCUCCUAUAUGCUACCAGUUGAGGAAAAAUCGCCCUCAGUGACGGCGGCCAGUGCUGCUGCUGCGGCGCGGAAUUUAAGCUUGAAUCUGAACAAUACAACCCCGAAAUCCUCUUCCACCAGUGCAGGCGGAGGUGGCAGUGUCCCAGCUUCGAACGGUGGACAGGCCGGAACCGGAAUCCGUCCGGAAGUUUCGUCCAAAUCGGCAGUGUUGUUCGCUAGCCAGCAGCUAAGCAGUCGCUCCCAGUCCCAGGGAACGACUUCCGGAAAAGUAAUCAAAUCAGCCAUCAAAACAAAUCAUCGCUAUCAUCUGGUUGGUGGGGGUGGUACUGUCGGUGGCAACGGAUUGACAGCCGAGGAAAACGGUGGUGGCGGUGGUGUCAGUAGAAAGCGAUUCGGAAAACGCAUUGGGGACAGUGCAGCGGCUGCCGUUGGUCGCCCCAAUCGGAAUGGUUCCUCUAGUGGGGUCGAAGAUUUGAGUGACGAACACACCAGUUUACUCGGCGGUGGUGGUGGUGGCGGUGGUGUUGGAGGUGGUGGUAAUUCUAAGAGCGUUAAAAGUGAUAAAAAUUUCAACAAUCUCAUCCUGGAUAACGGGAACGGGAAUGUGAGUGUAAAGCUCGCGAGUGUACUGAAGAAUACCUCGCAGAAGAAUGGCACUGUUGUGUGCGGGCUGGGAGGAAAUAGCGGUGCUCUGAAUGGCAGCACUGGUGGUGUUGGUGACCAGUACGGGGGACCUCUCAAGGUGGCCAUCAGUAGCAGCCACAAUGGUUACAGUGCGGUGAAUAACUGUGAUGAAGAUGAAGAGGAAGACGGAAGUGCCCAUGAAGGAUUCGAUUUGGUCGCGGCCAACAAUCGCAAAAAUACACAACAACAACAACAGCAGCAGCAGAAGCAGUUACAGCAAACGAUCAACGGUGGCAAAAUGAGUGCCAGUGCAAGUGUAACCAGGAAUCUAAACGGAAUUAACGGUAAUCAGCAGCAGCAACAGCAGCAGACAGGACCCCAGCAGCAAUCCUCGGUGGAAACACCGAGCAGUGGCAUCAUCGUGGAUACCAGCGAUGCCGACUCGGAACAGACCGCCACCAGUAAUGGCGGGGGUGCUGGCACUGAUGGGUCCGGCGCCGGCGGAAAGAAGGUCAAGAUGAACAAGCUUGGCGGCAGCAAGAAUGUGACGCUCAAAAGGGUCUCAUUCGGAUCGUCCAAAGGUUCGAUGGUAGAAACGUUGGUUUUCGAGACGCCAACCCCGCUGCCGGAGCAUGCCGAGCGGGAGUUUUUCCACUCGCCAGCCGUUUUGGCCGGUGCCGGCACCACUGUCAACAGCGUCCACCACCACUAUCACCAUCUUCCGCACUAUCAUCAUCCACAGCAGCAACACCAGCAGCAGGAUAGCAGCCAAGUAGGCCUGGACGACAGUGGCAUUGAACUACAGGAAGAAGUCGAACGUUCCAAGGUGCGUGUAUCGUUUUUCCAGAGCAGUAAACCGCAAUCGAUAAGUCCGCCCGAAUCGCUUCUGUUCGGAGGACACAAUCUGAUCCACUUUGGCGGUCCCGGCAGCGGCAGCGGAGGAGGAUAUGAUAACAACAACUCCCUGCUAGACUCGUCCUCCUACAUCACCUCGGCGGCACUCAAUCAGCAGUACGAUCUGUUGCUGGCCGGACAUCACCCGUACAGUGACCAUCCCGCGUACAAUCCGGACGAUCCCGCUAGUAUGGCGGCAGUGAUGGCCUACGAUCGACAGAUGAGCACCGAAUCAGGAUGGGAUAAUCCGUUCCGGCCCGGUGGAGAUCUGUCGCGUGAAGCAGACGAGAUUGUCAAUCUCAUAAAAGGUGGCAAACCAAUCACACCAACCGGUGACCAGAGUCUGCUGAACGGUAGCGCACCAAAGGACAACAGCAGCGACUACCCGACGGAAAACGGUGGCAGUACGGUAGUGGACGGCGUUGCAACCAAGCUCGAAUCGACGCAACUCCAGAGCAGCCAGCAGCAGCCAAAUGGCACGAAAUCGUCCCCCCAGAAGGGUGGUGCCGGAGACAAGAACACCGGAGCAACGGCAGCGCAAACAGCAACAUCGCCACAGAAAAAUGGAGCGACGGGUCAGCAGCAGCAGCAACAAACCCAGGUCAGCAAUCAGGUGAUACCGGGGCCCCAGUCCGCGUCGCACGUGGUCAUCGACGAGAAGAAGAAGAAAAAGUGCGCCUGCUGUGUAAUACAGUAAUCGCCACGGGCGCGUGAUUGGUUGUCUAUGUGUGUGUGUGUGAGAGAGAGAGAGAGAAAGUUCGCGUGAGAGAUUAUGAGAAGAGUUUUUUUUAUAAUUUUUAAACCUAUUGUUUUUUUAUAUCUCUUAAGUACUGUUUUUAUGUUCGUUUGUUUGUUUGUUCUGUAUAAGUGACUUGAUUUUAUACACAUUCUCAUUAGUAACUGAAACAAAAAAAAGUGAAACCGUGGGUUAGGUUAGAAUGAUGAUGGACCGCAAGCAAAAUGUCAUUUUUUCUGUAAUUCUAUAAGUGUAUUCAAGUUAUUUUAUUUAGAGAGCGGAAAGUCAGCAGAAGAGGUUUAUAUCGUGUGAUAGAGAAUCCUAGUUCGAGUGGUGAUGAGAGUAAGGCAAAAGCAGUACAGUUUAUGUAUCUUUGUGUAUCUGUAAAACGAUAUAUGUAAUAAUUAAUUGUAAAUUAGGACAAAUAAUGUGCGGUGGUUAGUAGCAGAGGUUGGAGUUUUUUUCCUUUGGUAGACCCGCUUCUAAGCGGGAAUGAGAUACCGCGGGAAAGGAACAAAAGUUGAGCGGAUUCGGAAGACCAUGUUUUAUACGUAGGGUUUUUAAUUAACCGGACUCAGUUUCUUCUACUAUUAUUUAUAUAUGUACUAUUCUAAACGCAGCUAAGUGAAGCAGAAACCAACAGCAAUGGUAGUAUAUAUCAUUAUAUUAUGUAUUCGAAUUAUUGUUUAAACACGGCUAGGUUCAGUGUUAGCUUACGGAACAGCGGAUGGCAUAAGAUCCAACUUUUUUUGUGUAUAGACAACUUUCUGUCAGGUCAGUUCGGUUUGUAGACACACGUGGAUUCGGCAUGUUGUAAAUGUAAAUUUUUACCAUACCUAUUCUGUACUCUGUAAUGCAUAAUCCAUACUCCCAAGGGAGCCUCAGUUAGGGACAUGCCGUGAAGCGGUAAUUUGUUAAUGCUCUGGAAGGAAUGAUUCAGAUUUGUUGGAAAACUCGAGAGCCGGUUCACUUUUAACCAGACCAUAACUGUGUAUAAUAUUAUUUAGGAACUUCUGAGUAAACAGUUAGUAGAUCUAGCUUGUCAUUCUAUUUUCAUUGAAAGAGGAUAAAAACGAUAGUUCAGAAACAGAAAUAAAAAUGAUUAAAGGUAAAUACACACACACAGUAGCCGCCGGUCAACAAAAAAAAUCACCUUAGUAAAUGAUCAGACAAAAAAAAUCGUACAUAAACAGAACCACGUGAUUAUUGUUAGUUGGAGCAAAAAAAAAAUAAAAUGUUUAAAGUGUCGAAAUAGUCUAAAACAAAACAAAACUAAUGGCAUGCUUUAUGUGCUAUCAAACAAAAAACCUAGAUAAACAAAAAACAAGCUCGAACAGUUAGUAAACAAGUAUCAUGCAUUCGCCGCCCGCACGCCGCAGCCACGUUGCUCUCCGUUUUUCUUUGUGACAAAAACACACUCAAGCAAACAAAAAAAAAAACGAUAGCCCGAAAGAUACGAACUCUUUACUCUCGAAAUAGCAGCAACAGUAACAACAACAGGCAAUAAAACGGUCAUAGUAUGUGUGUGUGCACUGAUGAACAACUCAUUAAACCUACUGCGUAACUGCGACGAACGAAAAAACGCAACGCGCAACUCAAAACCGGUCACUACUCACAUAUAAACACACACAGUUUUAGCAAGAAAAAAACAAAAGUAAAGCAAAUUCUCUUCUAGCAUUAUAAAAAAACUAUACUAUUAAGCGUAAAUAACAUACACAUUACUAAAGGGAAGAAGAAGAAGCAAAAAAACAUGGACAAGUAAACAUCAGCGACUAGUUUGAAUCCGACGAAUAUUUGCAAGAAAAAAACACAAACACAAAUAAUAAAAAUACACCUAGUGAAUCAUGAGUAAAAAGUUAAUCGAAAGGAGAUAAAAAAAGAAAACCUAUUUAAGAGUAACUAUAUUAUCAUAUUUAUUGAAACAAUACAAAGAUUAAAUAAAAAAACAAACAAAAAGAAAAUAAUCGUAUAUAUUUUCGUACUAAACUGCAAAUCCAAGUAAACCAAGAUGAAGAGAAAGAGAGAGAGAGAGACAAAACGAGAGCAAGAGCUAGAUCGAAAAGCGAACGGGCAGUAGCAAAGCACGCAAAACCCAAACAAAAACUUGGUGUUGGUGGGGCGGAAGCAAACUCUAGCGAGCCAGGACAGGAACCUAAACGUUAAACGAAGAAGAAUGAGGAGAAGAAGAAGAAGAAGAAGAAAAACGAAUACAACAAAACAACCGGAAGUAAUUAGAACGAGAGAGAAGAAAACAAACACACGAGAAAAUGAUACUAAAGGAAGGAAAUAAAUCACUUUGAAAAAACCAAAA